CGCCUGUUAUUUGCCAAUGCAGCCAUACCUUAUGGUGGAUCCAUUGUUAGGUGGUCACAUGGAUCUACCCCGGACCAUGCCUGGGUUCCGCGUUAGACCUCUGCUCUUGGAUGGAAUAUACAUGCAUUGAAAAGGACGCGGCAUCAUUGGUGCAGGUGGAUGCAUGACCAGUGGGUCCUUCUGGUAACCAGCCCAUUCCAGCCAAGCCACAGCAUGUUGUAGGCGGUGGCGACAGACAGAAAGCAAGAAAAGAGAGGUGACGUAAAAGGGGGUCACGGAGAAAGUCAACAUGACACCAGUAGACCAGCUGGACCCGCAAUGAGCUCCAUCCAGCAGCAAGACACUGCACCGACACACACCAACCGGCAGAGUUGUGAUCUGGACAUGAACGGGAAGGAGAACGCUGCUGCCAAGAAGAUCAGCCACUCUAAAAGUAACACCAUGGUUUCAGAGCUGCAUCAAGAUGUCCACCCAUGUGGCCGAACAUCCCGCAAUCCCAGAAAGGCGGCAACAUUCGGGAAGCGCUCCAACUCCAUGCGCAGGAAUCCCAAAGCACAUGUGGCCAGAGCAGGAUGGCUCUACAAGCAGGCCAGUAGUGGAGUGAAGCAGUGGAACAAGAGGUGGUUUGUCCUCUCUGACAGAUGCCUCUUCUACUACAAAGAUGAGAAGGAGGACGCUGUGCUAGGGAGUUUGCCUCUGCUCAGUUUCCGGAUCGGAGGAGCGCAGCCUUCGGACAACAUCACCCGCAAGUUUACCUUCAAGGUUUGGUUGGAGGAGGAGGAAGAGGAGCAGGAGGAGGACGAGGAGGAGUUAAACACUCCCGCUGUGUUUUGCAUGCAGGCGGAGCACGCCGGAACCAGAACGUACUACUUCAGCACGGACAGCCAUGAAGAACAGAAGGAGUGGAUCAGAGCCAUGAGCGAAGCGGCCGAGGUCAACGUUAAUCCGACACAGAGAAUAAAUUCAAACACGACAGAUGAUCUCAACCAGACCAUGGUGACAAGAGACACUAACCCGAAAACGGAACUGACAACUCAAAGGCAUUCACCAAACACAAGUUGCACUCGGGUGGACAAUUUGGAAACUCCACCACCGUCGACCCCUUGCUCGGAUCAUGACACCGUGAAACCGAACAUGAGACCAAAAGAAGUUGGGGGCAAAACUGAAGAUGAAGGCGGAGGACCGGGCUCCAAUCGUGUUGUUCAUCCGAACCACCAUCCAAAUGGUUGGAACCACCACUGUCCUCCCGGCGCCAUUCCCCAAAACUACAACGGCAAGCCCACUCAUCCCCAGACUCACAAUAGUAGCGGUGCACCUCCAAGACAACCAGAGGGCGGUGUCAGACCCCCGCAGGACUCAAGGGAGCAGCAGAAUGUGGUCCUGAGGAGGGGGGUUCUGCCCAGGACUGUCCCAGAGAAAGUGGCCCAAAGGAAAAGCUCCAUGGCCCAGCUGCAGCAAUGGGUCAAUCAGCGGCGAGUCCCGACAUCCCAGGAGGACCUCCACAGUCCAUCCAGCUACUACCCAGUGAGUCCAGGUGUCGACUACUACGGCUACCCAAGUGGCCCCCAGUACGUGGAAGGGUACCCACUGUACCCGCCAGGAGUACGGCCUGAUAGCAUUUGCACCGUCUCUGCUGUGGGCGGGUAUGACCACCGCUGGGCCGUCGAGGACAAGCGACGCUCGCUGAGGGAUGGGCCUCACCAGUUUUACGAUCCGCCGAACCCGAGGGACUCUUGGGGACCGCAGUACUACAGCGGGGUAGAAAAGUCCUUGAGACGCCUUUCCAUCCAGCCACGUUCCAGGUCCGUGCCCCGGUCACCGUCGUUGUCCUCCAGCGGGGCUUACUCGCCGGUGUCGCACAACUUUGCCUCGCCGGCUCGAUCGCCAUCCGCCCGCUUCGAUUGGUAUUCGGGAAGGAUGAGGGACGACAUGGUCUACGCCGAUCCAUCGGUCUAUAACCUACGGAGAUCCCUCAGCUCGCCAAAGUAUGACUACCCGGGUGAUAGGAGGUCCAUAGGUCAUGGAUUAUACCACUACAACUAUCCUGUAUCCCCUUCCAUCCACAGUAAAAUGGAUGACAUGUUAGACCAUCAGCUCCAGCGCAACCUGGAUUAUUUAGACCAGCAGGUGCUGGAGGGAAUUGGUAUGGUUACACGAAGGGUGGAGAGGUCCUCCUCUACAGCAAAGCUGUGUAUACAAGUGCCCCCUUUUCAUGAUGUCUACAGACAGUUACACCCUACACUGAAGCUCAAUGAGAUCGAGACAAGCAAACUCUUGGGUCGGCUGUGUGAACAGAACAGAAUCGUGAAAGAUCACGAAGCUGUGGUCCACAGACUGAGAAUGGACAAGGACAGCCUUGAGGAGGCGCUGGUGAAAACUCAUCAGGAGAUGGAGAAGUACCAUACCCAGCCUGUGGCCAUUGAAAAACUACAGAUGAAAAAGGAAACCCUACAAAACCAGCUCAUCAACAUCAGAGGGGAGCUUUCGCAGGCCUCCAGUACUUUAACUACCACUCGUAUGGAAUUUGAAGCCCUGGAGGAUGAGGCCCACGCCAUUCACGGAGAUCUGUGGGAACAACUCAAUGCAGGGGUGCAGAGUGAAUUGGUUCGAAGGCACAUACAGAAAGAGUUUUGGAGAGUCCAGGAUGUAUUAGAGGGCCUGCAUAAGAAUCACUCAUCCAGAGGCACUGACACAGCCAAGCACAGCAGAGUGGCCAGUGGUGCUAUGGGCUCCUUUAGCACCAAUAGUCCAGCCAGUCCCCUCAGCUCAGUAAGCCUCACCAGUCCUCUCAGCCCUUACUCCCCAGUGCCCGGCUCCCAGGUCUCCCCCUCUAAACAGCUGGGCCCGGAGGAGAGCGUACCCCCAAGGCCGCCCCUCCCUAAGUCCUAUUUCCCCUUGGAACCUUCCAACACCUUCCCCCCCUCUAUUCCCCCCUUGCCCCUUGACAGCACCACCUGGCUACGAAGCUUGGGCAUCGAUGAUGGGUACUUUGAUGGUGAAGAUUCUCACAUCAGAAAGGCUAGGUUUGGAGAGCCGACUAAUAUCAGUGACAUGCUGGAACCAGGCCCAGAUAGGCAAUCCACCAUGAAUAAAGUUGGGAUUGUCCCUCCAAGAGCCAAGUCACCCGCUGAAGACUCGCACCGAGUGCCCUGGAAUCACGGCGGCGUCUCGAACGGGAUUUCUAGGGAACGUCCAAAGAGUGCUGUGUUUGCAGCGGAUGUUAGGUCUAAGAUGAGCGUGGAGGAACAAAAUGAACGAAUUCGUCGCCACCAGAGCAGCUCUAUGCGUGACAAGAGGAGGAGUCUGAAUCUUUCUGGCGGACAAUCUCCGGCUAGCUACAGAGUGAUUCGUAGGCGGGUAACAGCUCACGAGAUUGACAUCAAGGAUUUGGAGUCAGCGGUCCGAGGCCAGGGGCUGGAGUCACCUCGCGAGGAAAUUGCCCGUUUAAGGCGGUUACAGGUUGAACCAGAACACUACGACCUGGACAUCAGCAAAGAGCUGAUGGCUCCUGACAAGGUUCUGAUCCCGGAGCGCUACCUGGAAAUGGAAGACGACGCCCCCCUGAGCCCCGAGGAGGAAAAGGAAAAGCAAAAAAAACUGGAACGGAUCAAGACCCUUAUUGCCAAAUCCAACCUGCAAAACCUGGUUCCUGCGCUGGACGGCCCAGUGGAGGGAGGAGCGCCAGUCAACUCCCAGCAGCAGUUGCAGGAGCAGGAGAAGCGCAUUGAGAUCUCCUGUGCUCUGGCUGCCGAGGCCUCGCGUCGCAGCCGAAUUCUCUCUGCCCAGUGCGCACCCAGUCCCCCCACUUCCCCAACCAGCCUGGCCCCCACCCCCUCCUCUGCUGACUCUCCCACUAUGAAUGCCUGAGUGGGACCAGCUCAAGCCUUGUCUGCUGUCAAAUUUGAUGGAGCAUCUUUUUGAGAAUUGACUGUCAGAAAUGGGGAAAACAAGAAGAUGACCUCAAACAAACUUUUUUUAAGGACCCCGAUCCAACAAAGGCACGGCAAGCUCGUCACAGUAGACCCCCAGUAGACAACGGAGCAUCUGGACUUUGGAGCAAGUUUCUCAGACUACUCUCCUACCCAAAGCUGCAACCAUUGGUCAGUGAUGAUGUAAGUUUCCUGCAGCAUCAAGAGAACCCCAGCUCUGUCUUCCCUUCGUCAUCAUAAUAUUUCAGUAUAAUUUAGCUCAGGACAUAAUCAUUCAUAUUUUAUACUGGUAAUAAAAGUUAUCAAGCUGAGGCUGUUAAACGGUUCAUAAUAUGAGGUGUGUCAGAAAAGUUCCAGGACUGGUUUUCAAAUCCCCCUUCGAAGUAGAGUGGUACUUACGAGAUUUCUGGGAUACGAGCCGUCUCUCAGUUAGUUCAUAUGCUUUCAAUUCGGGUUAGGAACCUCCCCGUUGCUAGUUGGCCUAGCGAAUGUCACCGUGAACCCGCUGACCAAAACAUCCGGUGUCUGACUGGCAAGACCUCAUUUUGUUUUUUCCAACCAUGGGAACAAAGAAGCGUAUCAUGUUUAUUGAAUUCUCAAAAAAACAAGAGAGGUGUGUGUGUGUAGCCAAUAGGGUUGAACGGUAUACCGGUACUGGUAUAGUAUCGCGGUAGUAAUGAAUCAAAAACGGUACCAUACUCUGAAAAGUAUUAUGUUUAUAAACUCAGGAAAUACAUCCCUGGACACAUGAGGACUUUGAAUAUGACCAAUUUAUGAUCCUGUAACUACUUGGUAUCGGAUUGAUACCUACAUUUGUGGUAUCAUCCAAUCCUAUGCUUGCGUUGUUUUCGGCUUGUACGAACCGCUCGAAUCGCGAAUAGGAUCAACUUUUCUUCAGAGUGUCUUUGAGAAGUAAUCAAGAAGGGCGGAAAAGUGCAAGAUUUUACGAAAGGCGACGACAAAAGUGGCAUACACUCGAAGAACGCGCAAGUUUGCAGUGAUCACUUCCCUACUUUGUUUCACGUUUAGUGUUUCCCAUUUAAGUCUUAAUAUUAUUUGUAUUUAAUCUUGUUUUGGAGUUUAAAACACAUUUUUGCUAAAAGUAGCAACUCGGCGAGUCUAAAUAAGAGAAAUCAAAUGUGAGCAAAACCUAAAACUUUUACCAAAGGCAACAAUCCUAAAUGAAUCUUUCAGCACAUACACAACGUUGACAUCCGUGGUUAUAUUCUGAUAAAGACGAUGAAAAACAUGCAUACUCAUAAACGGCAGUAGGUGUGAAGUAAAAUCAUAAAACACAACAUUACCCGGUCAAAAACGAUGCAUAUUUACCCGAGAGAGUCUUGAUACCAAUGUCCUUGACCCAGCCCCAUACAAAGAAGUUGUAGACCUCCAUGCUUUUCCAAGUUUUCAUCUGUAGAACGACGUCUGGAGCACAAUAGUUCGACAUGUCUGGGAACGCGAAAGACGGAUAAUCCUUGAUAUCACUCGACAAAAUUUUUUUUUUAUAAAGUAUAGGGAUAGAUUCCAUUGCAUAGUUGGAUUUUUUUGCUCAUAUCUGCUUUUAGUGGGAAGAUUGAGGCCCUUUGCGUACUCUGUUUGCUGCAGAGUAGCCAUCUAGGCUUGGUUGACCACCACUGGUUUUCAGUUCCGGGAACAAGCAAUAACAAAUCCGUUCAUUUGAAUUAAAACAUGCUUGUGUUGGACAGGAAGUCUUGCUCAAACACAAAAUAAAUGAUCUAGUUCCUACUCACCUACUCAGUGGCCUAGUGGUUAGAGUGUGGGUUGUGAGUUCAAAACCCCGGCCGAGUCAUACCAAAGACUAUAAAAAUGGGACCCAUGACCUCCCUGCUUGGCACUCAGCGUCAAGAGUUGGAAUUGGCGGUUGAAUCACCAAAAAUCACUCCCGGGCGCAGCCACCGCUGCUGCUCACUGCUCCCCUCACCUCCCAGGGGGUGAACAAGGGGAUGGGUCAAAUGCAGAGGACAAAUUUCACCACACCUAGUGUGUGUGUGACCAUCAUUGGUACUUUAACUUUAACUUUAAGUAUAUUUCGGAGACACUUUGCUGAACAAAAAGUUGCUUUAUUACAAGGGAGUGUCCUUAUUCAGGGCUGCAGUACCCGGAGGAGGUUAAGUCGAAAAAAAUGAGGUACUCCUAACCUAGAGAGUACGAACCACAGACGCAAUCAACGUUAUGGGUCAAAUGCAGAGAAUAAUUUCGCCACACCUAGUGUGUGUGUGACAAUCAUUGGUACUUUAUCUUUAACUUUAACAGUCCUGGAACUUUUCUGACACCCCAGAGAACAAAGAAAGCUACAGAACAUGGAAAGUGCUCCCCCCCCCCCCUCAGUCAACCUUGUUUCUGAUCACCCGCAUCGCACGCUACAUUACACCAGUGGUGUCAGGCCCAAUUGAAUCCAAUUGAAAUUGUGGGUUUUUUUUUUAGCCACAAACCCAAACAAGUAAAGCAGGGGUGUCCAAACUUUUUCCUCUGAGGGCCGCACACGGAAAAAUUAAAGCAUGUGGGGGCCAUUUUGAUAUUUUUCAUUUUCUUUUCUUUUUUUUUUUUGUCCUGUCCAGCUUCUCAGGCAAAUCAUAUAUUUUACCUUUAGGUCAUUAAAAUGUUAAAAAUUAGUCAGAUUAUAAUUUUUUUAAAUUAUUUAACGCUUACAGUAAAUCUCUAUAUGAACUUCAAAUUGAUAUAAAGUAAUAUAAAAUAAAAUAAAAAUGUUUUAUGGCUUUUCUGUCAAAAACAACUUUGUUUUUUAUAGUAAAACUGAAAUAUGCAGUAUUUAGUAAUUAGAGCCCUAAAAGAUCAAUGAUGCAGGACACCAUUGAUUUUAAUGCUUUAAUAUUUUUGAGUAAUCACAGUGAAAAGGUAAAUAAAAUACCACUCAAUAUAUUUGGGAUCCAAAAGGUGCCCCACUCAUAAAGUGAUACAUUUUUAUUAGGUUUUUCUUUUACUUUCAACACUUAAGUUACGAGAUCAACUUCAGAUAAGUCUGUCGAUUUUAUGCUGGAGCUAUUAUUUUGUUUGUUUUAUGCGCUUUUGUCAAAGAAAACACAACAUAUGCAAUAUUUACCACAUAAAACAUUUUAAAGUGAAAUAUUUGAAGUAACUGGAGCCCUGAAAAUAAUUCAUUAUAACAUGGAUUUUUUGUCUUUUUUUUUUUUUUUUUGAGCAAUGGCAAAAAAAAAGAAAAAUAAAGAAAGACGAAAGAAAAAAUAACAGCUUUUGUGUCAACAUUGCAACUUUUUCUCGUUAGAUUUCACCUCAUUCCACGUUUUUUAAUGCUCUUUUUUAUUUUUACAAUUGUAUUUCCAGAAUGUGUGGCGGGCCGGUAAACAAUUAGCUGCGGGCCGCGAAUGGCCCCCGGGCCGCACUUUGGACACCCCUGAAAUAAAGCCUUUGUUGAUUCUAAUCGUUCUCCGCUGGUAGCCGCAGAGCAGACCCUUUAAAAAGGCAAACUCUGAAAGCCAUUUAUAAAAAAAACAAAAAACAAACAAAACAAAAAAAAAAACGUACAUUACUGAACUGCCUACUGUGUGCAUUGCAUCUAUAAUAUAUUUAUUAGAAGACAGAAUAUUGUAUAUAUACAGUAUAAGUAACCCAGUGAUAGUCUACACAUAUACGUUCUGUAUGUUGGCUGUGUUUAAAGAGUAGUGGAAAUAGAAGUGACCUUAGAAGUGGGAGUGUGUGAGCUAGGGGGAAUAAAUCUAUCCAUAGGAUCGGAGAGAAAUUGUGACUUUCCUGGAAACAUGCGGUGCCAUAAGUCUAAAACGUGUGCGCAUUUGUUUAAAUAUAUGUUUUUAAAAAGUGCCAUGAUUGGACGUUACCAUGCCAGGAGUUACAUGGGGGAUUAGACAUACCUAAUGACAUUUAGUUGAUUAAAAACUCCCAAUAAGACAGCAUGGCCAGGUAAUUAAUUCAUUGUAAAUUAAGGGUUAUGAAUAAUAAGUUGUGAAUUUGUCUCGAUGUACUACGGCACUUAUUUCUUGUUUAUAGCUUUAAAAAAGGAUCAAGUUUGUCCCACUUUUUUUUUUUGGUUGAAAAUCUGUCAUUUUUCUUAUUGCUGCUUCUGUCCAUAACUCAAUGUGUCUUUGUGUCAACAAUGCUUAAAGGAGGAAUGCACUUUAAAAAAAUCUUGCCUAUCAUUUACAAUCCUCAUGUAAGACAAGAACCAUACGUUUUCUUUUUAAUGCAUUCUAGAUAGUAAAUAAAUGCGAGCAAAAGUCAGCUAUUGGAGUCGCUCUAUUCUGCCUAUACAACGUUUAAAAAAACACCUCCAUUAAGGUUUAAUAUACACACCGUAAGUAUAUAUGUAGUGUAGUAACAGGCACAUUCAUAAUAACAUUGAAUAUUUACGUAUUUUUUUAUCAUUUUAAGCACACGGCGGCGCAUUAAUUUCACAAAGGUUAAUUUUUUCCUUAAACAUCACUAUUUACUGCUCACUGCAGACUUAAUGAGAGCCAACAAACAACAUAAAACAUCACUUACUGUACAACGUCUGCCCGCACCGGGAUGCCGACUGAUAGGAUGUUGAUAUAUAUGAAGAAUGACUCAUAAAUCAAGCGUCUUUUUGCGUCCUUCUCACCAUUACCGGGUCUAAAUUGGAUGCCAAAGUUGACCGACUUGUCAGAUUAUGUCCUCAUCCUUCUAUUGUCAAGGCGAAAGGCAGGGGUCCCCGAACUUUUCGACCCCGGUGCCAGGCUAUAGAUGAAUGUAUAUAUACGUUAGGUCAGGAAAAAACACAGAGGCCAUUUCAUCCCUACAAGCCUGUUUCGCAGGUUUCCCUGCUCUUCA